GGCAGCCGCGUGCGGCGGGCUGGCCCUGCCCGGAGCAUGCUCAGUCGGGUCUGGCUGGCUUCUGCAGGUCGGAGCUGGGGGCGUGGGGUCGGGGGCACUAUUUGUAUAGUUUGCCAGAGACAGAGAAGAAGAGACCGCGCGUCGCUUAAAGCCUCUGUCUUCUGAAGACACCAAUCCCUGACCCUGACCUGGCUGCGGAACUUGCCCACCCGACUGCAGGAGCCACCGGGAAUAUUAGUUUGCCGAAUCCACCUUUCCAGAUUUUCCGAGCAACCUACGAUUCUCAACCAAGUACCAACUCUGUGGAUCAAGGACAGAUUUGUCCCAUGGCCUGCUCUGAAUAGUGUGUUGUCGGAUAGAAGAUUCCAUUGGCAAACCAGCUGUUGCCUUACAGAGCAAGCAAAGAAGAUGGACCUGUUGAAGAGCCAUCUGACAGCGUGCUUUCUACCUUCUGUGCCCUUUUUAAUCUUAGUGUCCACUCUAGCGAGUGCUAAGAGUGUGGCUAACAGCACUUUAAAUGGCACUGACGUGGUGUUGGGCUCUGUGCCUGUAAUCAUUGCCAGAACUGACCAUAUCAUAGUCAAGGAAGGGAACAGUGCCUUGAUUAAUUGCAGUGUCUAUGGCAUCCCAAACCCACAGUUUAAGUGGUAUAAUUCUGUUGGCAAACUGCUGAAAGAAGAGGAGGAUGAGAAGGAGAGAGGAGGAGGAAAAUGGCAAAUGCUCGAUGGCGGCUUCUUGAAUAUCACCAAGGUGUCCUUCUCAGACCGAGGUAAAUACACAUGUGUGGCUUCUAACAUCUAUGGCACUGUGAACAACACGGUGACCCUGAGAGUCAUCUUUACCUCUGGAGACAUGGGCGUCUACUACAUGGUUGUCUGCCUCGUGGCCUUCACCAUUGUCAUGGUCCUCAACAUCACCCGCUUGUGUAUGAUGAGCAGCCACCUGAAGAAGACUGAGAAAGCCAUCAAUGAGUUCUUUAGGACAGAAGGGGCAGAGAAGCUGCAGAAGGCCUUCGAGAUUGCCAAGCGGAUCCCCAUCAUCACCUCAGCCAAAACUCUAGAGCUUGCCAAAGUCACCCAGUUCAAAACCAUGGAGUUUGCCCGUUAUAUUGAAGAGCUUGCCAGGAGUGUGCCUCUGCCUCCUCUCAUCAUGAACUGCAGGACCAUCAUGGAGGAAAUCAUGGAAGUAGUUGGGCUUGAGGAGCAGGGACAGAAUUUUGUAAGGCACACCCCAGAAGGCCAGGAGGCUACAGACAGGGAUGAGGUGUACACAAUCCCCAACUCUCUGAAGCGAAGUGACUCUCCCACCGCUGACUCAGAUGCCUCAUCACUGCACGAACAGCCUCAGCAAAUUGCCAUCAAGGUGUCUGUUCACCCCCAGUCCAAAAAAGAUCAUGUGGAUGAUCAAGAAGGUGUACAGUUUGAAGUCAAAGAUGAAGAGGAGACAGAACCAUCGGCUGGACAUUCCCCAGAAACUGCAGAGCCUUCUACGGACAUAACAUCCACAGAGCUAACCUCUGAGGAACCAUCACCUGUAGAGGUAUCAGAUCAAGGACUGCCACCAACUCACCUGGAAAUGACAGAGCCAGCAGUGACAUGUGACAAAAACACCUGCAUUAUUUAUGAAAGCCAUGUCUAAUAUUCACUCUGAAAAGCUAUGCAUAUCAAGAAAACCAGGGGCUGCUCCUUGUAAUACAGAUGUAGUACGCACUUGCCGCUAAGCCUUACCAGGAGACUCAUCGCUUAGGAGUGAUGCCACAUUAGAGGGGAGACACUUGUGUGCAGUGGAUGUGACCGGCCUCUCCCCGGGAGAAGAAGACACAGGAAAUAUCAGGGCGCAGAACUGAUACUGGACAGAGAGUGUCUGUCCUUGUGAUAUGGAUCGUAGAGGCCAUUAUCUGCCAAAUCCCUUAUUUGAUGCCCUUUUGGCAAAGAGUACACUACUGUAAGAUAUUCUGAGCUCAAGAGCCCUGUCUGAUGCAUACUGCAUUGCUUUUCCUUUUAAAAAAUAUAGUCUGCUACAAUAGCAAAUGCACGUAUAUGGGUUUGUUGCACUUUCUUCUUAGUUAUAAUUAUUUUCACUGUUCCUUUAUAAUGGAGUAGUUAUUAUAUUAACACUAAUUUACUCUUUUGGGUUGAGUCCUCUUUGCCAUUUUUAUCCUUAUUUCCCCCUAGAACGUUUACCUCAGCGGCUUUGGUAUCAGUCACCAGUUCCAGGACUGAUAGCUACAAGUCAUUUGUAAUGCUCCAAAGUAGUUAUUAUGCUCAUUUUUUUUCAUUUCCCAGGCCUGUUUUCAUACAUUGCUUUUUUUUUUUUUAAUGUCCAGUAAAGCUGCUGUUUUGAAACUGAGGAAAACUUUGCCCUGGAAUAGCACUUUAAUAGUCAAAUAAAACUGUGUUUACCUGUCCAAUUCUGAGAGCCUUUCAGUGAGCUCAACCGAAGUGUGGAGAGAGACUGUAAAAGGCUAAAUGUACCCAUACUGUUCAUGAAAACUGCUAUUUACAUUUAAGUAACACCAUCCUCUAAACAAAGACUGAUUCUUUACCUGGAAAAUGUAUUGUUUCCAAAGACAGGCAUUUGACGAUUCCUGUAGGUUGUAGAAUACUGGCUUCUCACAAGUACUUGAGGGACCAAACUCUGCCAGUCAAAUGCGCACUUGGUAUAAGGCAGCAAACAGAAGGAUCUGUGAAGUGUGUAACCAUGUCCAGUUUUGUAAGCCACAUAGCUGACUUGUGAGCUUUUGAAAGAGAAGAAAAGGCUAGUGUAGUGGCAUAGAGAACUGUGCCAUCAAGUUUUAUGCCAAAAUUACUGAAUUACAGUGGACCCUUGACUUAUAAAUUUGAUCGGUUCCUGAGGGCUGGCUGUAACUCAAGUUGGUUAUAAGUCAAUACAGUUGAGAUUUGGAUGUUGACCUGGGUACGCUGCUGUAGAUAACAAGAGCCAAAUGAAUCUUUCAUUAACCUAAUUAACCCAAGUUGUUUGUAUGUCAGGCUGGUCAUAACUUGAGGGUUCACUGUAUUUAGUUCCCAGAAAAUGCAGUAGAUGCAAGGCAGCAUGAUGUUAUGGAAUGAAGGCAAAACUAAAACCAGUCAUCCAGAGGUUUAAUACGAACCUCCCUGUGCCAUCACAAGUUGUCUGCCUUUGGGCAAGUCUAGGCCCCAGUUUCCCUAUCUCUAAGAGGGGCAGACUAGAUGAGUGCUGAGUGCUAGCUCUUUCUCAGAGAACCAAGCCUAUAUUAAUAUCUUUGCUCUUUUCAACAAUGACUUUACAGAUUUUUGCUUUCGUCUAUUGAGUUCCCAAAUAUUUGUAUGCUGCAUUACUUACUCAAAAAAGAUGUUUUGAAAGAUCAUAGCAUUUUAAACAAAUUGUGGAACUUCUCUUCCCACAAAAUGACUGAGACCACCUCUGUGAUUGGGAUUUAAUCUUGGUGAGAAUGAGUGAUGUUUCAUUUUUCACUUACAAGCAAAGGAGACAAUGACCUUAAAGUAGUUAGCAGAGUCGUGACCACAUCCAUUGUGGUAAACCUGAUGAGUUAUCUAUCGUGUCAGAGGUUACACGGCCCACACUGGUAAUGAGAGAAGGGACCCAGCUGCUCAUUCCCCCUCUUGUCGCCAUCUGGGAAAGUGACCUUGCACAACCAGGGCUUAAUCUCUUUCAUCUAUUAAAAUAUGCAACCAGUACUCAGAGGCCCAUAAGAGCCUUUCAGGCCCAAACAUUUCUGCUUUAUGGAAAGUUUGCAGUCUGCGGUAGCCCCUGUUGCAUAAAGCAAGCAAAACUGGGGGCAAAACAAAAUGGGUAUAUGAUACAGGAUGCUUUUGUAGUCAAAAUUUUAUCACAAGUGUAUCUGGCUCUGUCACUGACAACGGUGGGAUUGGCUUUAGAAGUGACCUUGAUGGAAUUAUAUUUGACAAAUCUGACUUUGGACUUUGACGAGACAUCCUUUUAAAAGGAAUUAACUUGGUAUCCAGUUAGAAGUCUUAGGAAGGGCACCUAGAGAAAUGAGUAAUAAGCAGCCACAAGAAAAACUGUAACUUCUGGUUGGGCUCUCUGUACUAGGGCUUUAUGUGUGUAGGCUCCAGAAAGUUCUAUUUCCAACUCUUAGAAUAUUAAAAUUUUCCAGUCAUUGUAAAGGUUAACAAAUUCAUACCUUUGAUUUGUAUGUGCAAAGCAACAAUAGGGACUUAACAAAAUUCACAUGAUCCGAACUUUUCUCCAUUCUGUUCAGUUCUCAUCUCACCCAAACCCGUGUGCAGAUUUUCACAUGGAAAAUGAAGGAGGCAUCCAUUCCAUGUAGAAAUUGACCAGGGAUAAUAAAUUAAAACUGGGCAGAAUUUAUAUAAAGCAAGAGCUAAAAUACGCGACCAAAGAAUGUUUCCAGACUAGCUUUGCUUCUUUAGACAGAGAUUAUGUAGAUUUUUAAAACUCUCUCCCUCUUUAAGACAUCAGAAUGCUCUUGAUAUAGCAAUAGCCAAACUAUAAAGGGAGUUUGGCUUGAACUGGGAAUUUCUCCUUCUAAAAACUCUUCCUAUCCAUCCUGCAGCUUCUUUAUAAAAUGAGAGAACCCCUCCUGCUAGAAUGUGAAAUGUAGAAGACCUUAUGAUUUUCAGCCAAUUUUUCAAAAAUAAAGUGAAUUAUUCAGCUUCUUAGAAAUGCAUAGGGCUGUGGCUUUCUGUGUGCAGGCACAGAUUCAUGCACAUUGGACUCAUUUGGGCAGUUCUAAUAGUUAAUACUAAAUCCCAAGCCAUGUCAUUUGGGUCUUACAUAGUUAUUCUUAAAAUCAAAUAAUUUCUGUUUCCUGAGUCAUCCUGGUCAUAUUGCUAGCAAUUUUUUUUCUUUAAAUUAUUAAAAUGAUUCAUAUGUGCUCAUUUAAUUCACUAUAUUAUCUAUAAUCUUGGAUGGUAUUUAUUCUAAAUAUGGGAUAAAACAGAAUUUUAUAGGGGAAAUCUGUAAUUUAUAAUGGUUUUGUUUUAUAAAUUAUAUUUUCAUAUCUUUAGAACACAUCUGCUAUUCUCAUCUUUUUGUACAUCAUACUGGAUAAAAAAAUACUAAUACUUGAUUAAAAUCUCUAGGAACCAAAUGUAAUAUAUCUGAUAUAUGACAUAUAAAAAAAUGCUCUAAAAUUACCUGAAUGUUCUUAGCCAUUCCAAGCAUUAUUUUGCCAUGUUGCUACAUCCGGAAUACUUUGGACGCUUGCUUAUCAGCAUUUGUUUCCACAAUUAAGGCUAAAAGGCCUGACAUCCCAUACAAUGGAUUCAGAAAUCCAUUUUCCUUCUUUAUCUUUUUUGAUUCAAUUUUAAUUGUACAAAUCCAUGCUUUUAAAACUUUCUUUGAAGGGCAAAUGUGAAAUAACAAGCAACUUGAUGAGAAAAGAGAAUGAAUUUAACUAUGGCUCUGUAAAUCAUUUUAACAGACUGAUAACGUUUUAAAUCUACUGUUUGGGUUGUUAUUCACUGUCUGCUCAGCUCUAACAUGAAGAAAAUGUAAGGCACACAAAAAUAUUUGUAUGUUUUUGAACAAACACCCUCUACACAUAGUACAUGUACCCAAUACAGAUCAGCUUGACUAUGGAGACACCAAGUCCUAGCCACUGAAGAAGUAUUUUAGAAAGGCUAAUCAGUUUCCUUUCAUUACGCCAUUUGAGUACAUGUUGUAUCAGUACUAGAACUUUCAAAUAGCAGUCACUAUGGUUUUGUUAAGUAAGAAUUUCCUGCAAGUGUUUUCACUUGGUAAGAAAUGAAACAUUACCUUAUAUUUCACGGACUUUAUUUUCCACACAAUUCAACUAAUUUACCUAUCUUCCCACAGUCUUUGUGCAGUUUUUUAAAAGUAAUUCCUGUUUCUAUUCUUGCUCUUUAAGCUAAUGUACUGGUAUUCUUUAAUUAUCUACCAAACCUUGGUUAUAGUCACAUACAUUUUGAAGACCUGUAAUCUUCAAGAUAUUGGUCAAUUUUACAUUCAUUAAAAUACCCUUCAAGUAGAUAACAAAGUUCAUUUUCCUAUUGAUUUUGUAUAGUUUCUUCAGUGGUUAACAGGUUUGGAUUAAACAAAUCAAUUGUGGAGAAAAUAAAUAGAACAGAAUUGCUUAUUAUGUUUUCCAAAGGAUUGUGUGUUUUUAUCUGUUAUAAAGGGAAAUAUUAUAUAAGGAGGAUGCUCUUUAUGAGAUUUUUUUUUUAGAGAUGGAAUUUAUAAAGGGGGUAAUACUAAGAAUACUACAAUCAAAAUCAAAGAAAAUGUAAAAAUCGUAAUUCUAAGAAUACUCUGCAUAAAUUAUUUUUAUUUAACCAAUAAUAAAAGUCUUCAGGUGUAUCUUUCUGAUAUGAUAGACCCGCUAACAGUGAGUUAGGAUCAAAGAUGUAUAUGCUUAGGUUUGGCCUGCGGUAUUUCAGUAGUUCUGAAUGUCCUUCGUUAAGUUGCAAAAUAAGAUGGAAAUGUAUUCGGGCUGAAAUGUCAGUCUGCUGAAUUUGUGAACUAUAAAAUGUUCACUUUCUAAAAUAAUUUAAAGAUGUAAACAAAUGACUAAUAUAUGUUGAUAUUACUGUAGCAAGAAGAAAAUGUGUUCCAUCCUGUAUUUUGAUUGUUGCUUUAAUAAAGGGUUUGCACAGGUAUGUGGAAUGUGUCCUGUCCUACCCGGAAAGCAUGGAAUUGCGACCU